CUACUUUGCCUCGUGGCAUCUGCUAUAAAAUAAAGACAGGGCUUGUGGGCGCUGGCGUUGUCUCCUCUUCAGGGAGCAGCGUCCCACCGAGACCCAACUAUUGUCUUGUCUGUCUUUCCUUCAUCCUUUCACCCCCCACUCAGAGACACCCUUGGCUGUGCUGGCGCGGCACAGUCCACAUUGAAUGAAGCGAUCUCAUUGGUGGAAACCAUGCAGGUCAAUCUACGAAAAACUAUAUAAUUGCACGAACCCAUAAAGCAUUGCAGUUACAUUGUAUUUCGGUCAUUCGAAUAGUCUUCGUCUUCAAGUUCCUGGCGCUUUUAGAAAUGCCCUCUCUCAGAAAAAAGGAAGGAAACCAACGAAACUGAUACACUUCCAGAAAUAUUUAACGAUAAUUUAUCAGAUAUUCCUAGUGAGAUCGAAGAUGCGGAUAACUGUUUUGACGAUUCCGGAGACGAUUCUACUGACAGUGAAAUUAUUAGACCUGUAAGGAAGUGCAAGGUGGCGGUGCUUUCAAGUGAUUCCGACACUGACGAAGCUACUGAUAAUUGUUGGUCUGAAAUUAACACACCACCAUGCUUACAAAUGUUUGAAGGUCAUGCUGGGGUCACUACAUUUCCGUCUCAGUGUGACUCUGUACCCUCUGUGACCAAUCUCUUUUUUGGUGAUGAAUUGUUUGAGAUGUUGUGCAAAGAGCUGUCCAACUAUCAACAAUCAAACCGCAAUGAAACGCAAAACACCAUCUAGAACAUUAAAGUGGUCUCUGGUUACACAGAAGGACAUCAAGAAAUUCCUUGGCCUAAUUAUUCUGAUGGGUCAAACAAGAAAAGAUAGCUUGAAAGACUAUUGGUCAACAGAUCCUUUGAUAUGUACCCCUAUAUUUCCACAGACAAUGAGUCGCCAUAGAUUUGAGCAAAUAUGGACAUUCUGGCAUUUCAAUGAUAACGCCAAAAUGGACAGUCGCUCGGGGAGACUUUUCAAAAUCCAACCUGUGCUGGAUUAUUUUCUGCAUAAAUUUCGAACAAUAUACAAACCAAAGCAACAGUUGUCUUUGGAUGAGGGAAUGAUUCCAUGGAGAGGACAUUUAAAAUUUCGCACGUACAACCCAGCAAAAAUAACAAAAUACUGUUUACUUGUUCAGAUGGUGUGCGAGAGUGACACCGGCUAUAUCUGCAAUAUGGAGAUAUACACUGCUGAAGGAAGGAAAUUGCAAGAAACUGUUCUUUCAGUCCUUGGACCCUAUCUUGGCAUAUGGCACCAUAUUUACCAGGAUAAUUAUUACAAUGCUACAUUACUGCUGAAUUGCUGCUACAGAACAAAACUAGAGUCUGUGGGACUAUUAGGGAGAGUAGAGGUUUACCGCCAAAUUUGAAAAUGAAAACAUCAAGAAUGAAGAAAGGUGACAUAAUAUUUUCCAGAAAAGGCGAUAUUCUUCUCCUAGCAUGGAAAGACAAGCGGGUUGUCCGAAUGAUAUCAACGAUCCAUGACACUUCUGUCUCGACAACAGGAAAAAAAAA